CUUGAUCUCGGUCGUCUGGACGAACCCUACCGACUUUCAUGGGUACGACAUUUAGACGGUAGGGUUCGUCCAGACGACCCUAGGAACGGUAGCGCUCGUCGUGGCGGAGGGCUACAACACACUGCAGUGUGAAUACGAAUAGUGUAAUGUAAACACACACAACCUACGUGCUAAUUAGUGAAUUUUGUGUUAUUCUCUUCUUUAGAUGUAGUUGUAGAUUAGAAUCUGUUUUAUCUUUAUUAUCAUAAUGACAAGUGUUCCACCCGAGUUGGAAGGACCAACAGUAAAUCCGGACUUUGAUGAAGCCCAAACACAAACAGAUAGGUUUGAGUAUGGAAAAGGAUACGAUUUAUCGUAUUUUCAAGAUAUUAGGGAGAAAUAUCAAGGAAGGAGGAAUGUAAGACGGAGGAAAGUUCCACACCAGCAAGGCCUUGUUGAAACCACAACAACAUAUCCAACCCGCCCAGCACUUUGGUUAGAUUUCAAAAAGUCAAAAACAACCUGCAGCUCCAGACGAGCAUCAAUCCACAACAUUCAAUCUAAAACAGCGAUAGAAAAUGGAAUGGACCAUUUUACUCUGUCAGCAUCCCAAAAUGUAAAAGAAUGGUCCACUGAUGUAAGUGGGUAUGGUAAUCUUGCAGGUGAAUUCAUGAAAACACAAGAAUGUCAUGAUGCAGUAGACGCUUGGACUGCUUUGGUUAGAAAACAUCAAUUGAAAAGGGAAAAAGAUUCAGAAUGGAUUGCCCAUCACAAAGAAGCCGAGGAUCAACGCAAGAGGAAACGUGUGGAAACCAUUUACGGUAAAACUUCCGGUUGUUUGGCCGCAACAAGGACUGAGGCCGCUGCUUCUAACGCUAAUCGGCAUAGUAAUGGAGGUAGAAUCAUGUCAAUAGGGUCCACUGCGCAGAUUUCAACUUUGGAAUUGAAUUGCCAAGAAGAUGGUGUAGAACAAAUCAGAAAUACUCAGCACAGUCGUGGUAGCAUGCAACUUUUGAGAGGAGCAGGACAGUUGACUGAAGCUGAUCAACCAAAUCAACAGCCUCCAUUGCCGGCCACUCCUAGUCAAAUCAAUGUCGAUCAUUUUCAUCAGCUUUCUCGGUCCACUGCAGAUACGCAGAUUUCAACUUUGGAAUUGAAUUGCCAAGAAGAUGGUGUAGUACAAAUCAGCAAUACUCAGCACAUUCGUGGUAGCAUGCAACUUUUGAGAGGAGGACAGUUGGACGAAGAUGAUCCACCCAAUCAACAGCCUCCAUUGCCGGCCACUCCUAGUCAAAUCAAUGUCGAUCAUUUUCAUCAGCUUUCUCGGGCCAAUGUGGACACGCAGGAUUCAUCUUUUGGAUUGGAUUGCCAAGUGAAUGGUGUAGUACAAGUCAGCAAUACUCAGCGCAGUCAUAGUAACAUGCAACUUUUGAGUCGAGGACAGUUGGACGAAGAUUAUCCACCAAAUCAACAGCCUCAAUUAACGGCUAAUAUUUUUUCAUCUAUAUCGUCUAAUACCAAUCGAUCUACUUCGGUCAAUGCCAAACCUGGAAGAGGCCGUUCGACCGGUAGCGGAACCGGAUCGAGAAGAGGUAACAGAGGUUCUCAAAUCCGGGCUGUUCCAGUUAGUGGAGAAGGUGUGACACGGAAUUCGUAUACUACAGCCUACUGCUACCAAUCAAUGUAUUAUGCCCUGAAACCAAAUUCAAGCCCACCAGAGUACUACUUCAUAUCGAAAGGAAAGCUUCCGUCGCAGUAUUCGAUUACCAUUGAACUUCAAAAAGCUCCUGUCUUAGCUAAAUGUUAGAGAUGCGGAUGCGAUAGAGAUUCGGCUGAAUUCCUCGCGUUUUUUUUAUAUUUUUUAAAUAUGAUUUUUUUAAAUAUGCAUAUGUUAUAAUCAAGAAAGGUUGUUUGAAACAGCUUGUGUUUUUUUAAUAAAGUGACUUGCCAAAGUA